CAAAGCAAAGCCUUCACCAAACACAGCACAACAGAACACAACACAACACACGUACAACAAAGAGAGAAACAAACUUCAUCUCUUCUGUAUCUCUCUCUCUCUAUAUAUUCAUCACUAAUCCGUUCUCCCUCACACAGAUAAAAUCCUCAUCUCUCUACACAGCGCAAUCAAAGCGGAUUCUUUCUCGGUGUUUCUCUCUCUACUCUCUCUCUAUAUCCACAACUCACAACAAACAAUACACGGCGACAUACACACAAACAGUACAUACAUACUCAAGCAAUUGAGAGAGUCUUCACUUUCUCUCUAUCCAGAAAUUCGCACACAACACCAAGGCGGCGCGAGUCAGACCCAUUAGGGUUUGUAUUUUUGUCCCGAGUUUGAUCUUGCUUUUAUUGAUUGUAAUACACCGGUUCAUGGUUUUUGCGACUUGUUUGUGGGUAUCAAUUUUAUUGCCGCCUUGGGAUGGUUUUCAGUUGUAGGGUUUGGUUCUAUCCCUGUUUUCUGUAAUGGGUUUGAAUUUUUCUUCAGAAGUGCUCUGUUUUGUACGUCUCUGAUUGAAGAUAAUUGAUGGGAUGAGGGUAUUCUUAGAUUUUGUUCUUGAAUAUGGAAGCCUCUAGAAGCCCUUGUUGAGAUUGUUUUUUUGGCACCAAAAGGGCAUUCAAGUUUGUUUCUUCUGAUUGAUUGAAGUCGUUAUUGAUUGAUUUUACAGUAGAUAUAGUGUACAGAGAGAACAAAAACCCUAGUUAAAGUGUACAGGGCAGUUCAGAUUUUUUUUAUUGGGAAUUGGGUUUUUGAGGGAUUGCAGUUGGAACAAUUUUGUUGACAGCACUAGCGACUUAAUUGUUUUUGGUGGCACGCAAAGUGAGCUUUGAUGUUUAAGAGUAAAGUGAAAUUAGGUAAACUUGACUGAUACGGUGAAGAAACACGAUAAUUUUGUCUGAGAUGGUGGUUAUUGGGCAAUAAUACUGGAGAGAAAAGUUGGUAUAGAUAUAUUUCUUACUUUAGUUGAUCAUGUUUGGUACUAAUUAUGGAAAGAAGUGAACCCGCAUUAAUACCGGAAUGGUUGAAAGGCAGUGGAAGUGUAAGCGUAAGCGGUGGCACUACAACCCACCAAAUGGGUUUAUCUCUAUUGCACUCAGACGGUCAUGUUGCAUCAAAGCCUUCAAGAAAUGAUAAUGGCAUAGGGCGUUCAGUUGUUGCAGAUCGAACUACUUCCGCCUAUUUUCGUCGAAGUUCAAGUAGUAAUGGUUCUUCUCAUUUGCGGUCUCAUGUUAGUUUUGGUAGAAGUAACCGUGAUAGGGACUGGGAGAAGGAUGUGUAUGACUCACGUGAUAAAGAGAAGUCCAUUUUGGGUGACCAUAGGCGCCGUGAAUGUUAUGAAACUUUAGAGCAGAUUUUUCCAAGUAGGUUUGAGAAGGAUAUGAGGCGAUCACAAUCGAUGAUUACUGGGAAACGAGGUGAAGCUUGGCCCAGAAAAGUAACAGCUGACUCAAGCAGUGCAAACAAAAACAACACCACCAACAGCAAUGGUCUUCUUGCUGGGGGCAGCGCUGUUGGCAGUGUGCACAAGGCUGCAUUUGAAAGGGACUUCCCAUCUCUGGGGGCAGAAGAAAGACAAGCAGCUCCUGAAAUGGGAAGAGUCUCUUCUCCUGGGUUGAGCACUGCUAUCCAAAGCUUGCCAAUAGGUACUUCGGCUGUGAUUGGUGGUGAUAGGUGGACCUCAGCCCUGGCAGAGGUGCCUGUCUUAGUUGGAAGCAACGGCACUGCUGGGUCUAUUCAACAAACCAUUCCCCCAACUUCAGCUUCCUUGGCUACAAGUAUGAUGACUGGACUCAAUAUGGCUGAAACUUUGGUCCAGGCCCCUUCUCGUGCUCAUACUAUCAGUCCACAGUUAUCUGCUGGAACUCAGAGGCUGGAAGAGCUGGCUCUUAAACAAUCUAGGGUAUUAAUUCCCAUGACACCAUCCAUGCCUAAACCAUUGUUUUUGUUUCAGGUGCUCAAUCCUUCAGAGAAACCAAAACCUAAAAUUGGGCAGCAGCAGCAGCAUCAAACCUCAUCUUCUCACCUUGCUAACCACUCUCCUCGUAGUGGGCCUGUGAAAUCUGAUGUUUCAAGGACCUCUAGUGUUGGAAAGCUUCAUGUGCUCAAACCGGCUCGAGGAAGGAACAGUGUCUCUCCCACUGCAAAGGAUACCUUGAGUCCUACAAGUGGUAGCAGCAGAGUAGCAAGCAGCCCAGUUGCUGUUGCUCCUUCUGUUGUUGGAUCGGCUCCCUUGAGGGGCCCAAGCAACAACCCUAGUCUUGCCAGUGCUGAGCGCAAGUCAGCCCCUGUAAUUUUGAGAAGAGACCUACAACUCAAGCUCAAAGCAGGAAUGAUUUUUUCAACCUCCAUUGAGGAGAAAUCUAUGACGAGCCCCUCUUCUGCUGCCCCUGCUCUGGUCACUGAUGUGUCACCGUCUGUCUUGGAUAAGUUGGAAGGAACAGAAUCAGAUGCAGUUUCUCCUUCAUCGGAGAGUUUUGUUGGGGACCUGUCUACUGAGAAGACAAAUGAUGUGAACAGCAAUGGCAAUGCCUCCUUUGAGAGGGCUCAGGAAUCCAUUGAUGAUGGGCAUCAGGAGAAUCUUAACAAUGGAACAGACCAUUCAAGCCCCAACGCCAUUCUUUAUUCGGAGGAGGAAGAGGCUGCUUUUCUACGUUCACUUGGGUGGGAAGAGGAAAAUGGUGGAGAGGAUGAAGGUCUCACCGAGGAAGAGAUCAGUUCUUUCUGCAUGGAGUACAUCAAAUUGAGGCCAUCCUCUAAAAUUUUCCAAGUAAUGCAGCCAGAGUUUUUGAUGCCGCCCAAUCUGCACACAGGGAGUGUUGGUGGUGCCUCUUCAUCUGGAUCAAGCUCAUCUGACUCCACAUUUGAAUCUUAAAUGUACCAAACCUCUCACAGCGCUUGGUAGGUUCUUAUUUUCCUGUAGGCCGUUUGGUGGAAGUAAAUUGGAAUAAGUUUCAGAUGGUCCCAUCAGGUGUAGAUGUGGUGUUGACUUGUCUAAAAUCUUUUGAGGUUCAAGGUCUCUGAUAGAAGAGUAUAGGAAUAGGUUUUUUAUUUUGGCCAGGCGACGCAAGAAGCUGCCGAGGGAAAAUUACAUAGUGUGGAAAAUCUGGGUGCUUGUCAGUUUUGGGUUAUGUUUUUUGAGAAGGCCUCAAUUCAAUGAAUUGCUUACAGUUAAUUCAGUCCUUUUUAAAAGAGAAAAAAGAAAGAGAAAAUUGUUUCUUAUACAUUCUCUUUGCCUCUGCUGUUAGUUUGUUCAGUUUUUAUGCUGUGAUGAAACACCCUCUUCACACACCCCCACAUAUAUGCAACUUUUUUUUCUC